AUGGUGGAUAUAGAUAUACAUCGACGGCAAGCCAGAAAUCUCGCCUGGUAUGAUGAAGGGGAAUCAACAUCCAACCGGAACCCUUUCAAAAAGUUCCGGUACCGCUCUAUGCGCGCCCCUGAAUCUUGCGCAGAGGAUGGGUUUCCACGCGAACAAACAGAAGGCGAUACUAUACCGAGACCUGAAUGGGAAAGACGAGAAGAGGGAGAUAACAUCUUCUCUACACCCUACCAUACAGAUACCAACCCCCCAGCCUCAAGCCAAUCGGUUGGAAACGUUAUUGAAAUGACACCAGCAGGAUCUACGACUAGUGCUGCACCUCUGACAACAACAAACGGAGAACAACCACACGAGGUUCCUGAAAAGAGUGCUUCUACAAAACGGAGAUUCUUCAGAAACGGUGGUAAUACUGAAUUGGCACCACUGGAGCCUGAAGAUUCGGGAAAAGAUAAACAAAAAUUUACAGCUGUAGGGCAGUUGAAGGCUACCGUGCUAAAUUCUUGGAUUAACGUCUUACUUCUCAUGGUCCCCGUUGGGAUCGCGGUCCACCAUGCACAUAUCGACCCUAUUGCAGUUUUUGUUAUCAAUUUCAUUGCCAUCAUCCCUCUUGCCGCGAUGCUAAGCUAUUCUACCGAGGAAAUUGCGCUCAGAACGGGGGAAACCUUGGGCGGUUUGCUAAACGCAACAUUCGGGAAUGCUGUGGAGCUCAUCGUGUCUCUCCUGGCCUUGUUCAAACAUGAAAUCGUGAUUGUGCAAACCUCACUUAUUGGCAGCAUGUUAUCAAAUCUGCUACUGGUUUUGGGAAUGUCCUUCUUCCUUGGAGGUAUCAAUCGAAUCGAACAAAACUUUAACGUCACCGUGGCUCAGACAGCGUCCAGCCUGCUCACCUUGGCGGUUGGAAGCCUGAUAAUUCCUACUGCGUUUCACGCAUGGUCCGAUGGUGGGUUUCUUACCGGGCGUCUUGCUGGUGAAGUCGGAAUUGCGCCGCUUUCGCGAGGAACAAGCGUAAUUCUGCUUACCGUGUAUGGAUCGUAUCUCUUUUUCCAACUCAAGUCUCACACGGAAAUGUACAAUAAGCCAAGUGAAAAAGUUGAAAAAAGGCGUGGGCGAGUCGGGGCUGGCGAUGCAACCAAAGGCAUUGCGCAGAUUGGGGCCGGCAUUUCUGCCACUAUGGGUGGAGAGAAUUCUCAACGUGUUCCCAUGGCCAUCCCAGAUGAAAAAGAAGAACCUCAACUCACUGUCUGGGUUGCUUUAUUUACACUUGCUGUCUCCACCGCAUUGGUAGCCCUCUGCGCCGAGGCCAUGGUCGGCUCAAUUGAUGCGAUUACCACUCGUGGCCACAUCUCAGAAACCUUCGUGGGGUUGAUUCUCCUUCCAAUUGUUGGCAAUGCAGCCGAACAUGCAACCGCCGUCACCGUUGCGGCCAAGGAUAAAAUGGAUCUCUCCAUUGGAGUUGCAGUUGGUUCGAGUAUGCAAAUUGCUCUUUUGGUGAUUCCUCUCAUCGUAGUUAUCGGCUGGAUUGCUGGCAUCAAUGAAAUGACAUUAUACUUUGAUGGAUUCCAAAUUGCGGUCCUCUUCGUUUCCGUGCUACUGGUAAACUAUUUAAUCCAAGACGGCAAGUCAAAUUGGCUAGAAGGUGUGUUGUUGAUGGUUCUCUACAUCAUUAUCGCCGUCGCAGCUUGGUUUUAUCCCGCCAGAUCAGAACCAACCGCUGCAUAG